AUGUCACCAGGCGCUCUCAACCUGCCCAGCGGCUGGGAGAAGCGCCGGGCUCUCCUCCGGCUCGCCAGCCCGGGCUCCCCCGGGCGCCCAGCCCUCACCCCGGCGCCCCAGCAGCCGCACAAACUUACUUGCGGGUCGGCGGGAGGGGGCUGCGGCGAGCGGUGCGAGCCCCGCAGCGGCGAGUGCGCCCCUCUCGGCAGGGCCGGGCGGCGCUGGCACUGCGCUCCCGCGGCCGCGCGCGCCGACUGCGCUCAGCCUGACGCAGCCGGGCUCUGCCCCCGCCGCCACCGCCGCCGCCGGGGACGCCGAGCGCUUGCAGACAUGCUCAGUUUCCGGACCUGCCCGCGUGGAAGCUACCAAGAGCCCGCCGCGGCGGGGGAGGCGGCGCGCGCCGAGCUGCAGAGCGGCGGCCGCGAGCUGGAGGCGACCACGCCGGCGGCCCCGGGAAGAGGGGGGCGAUGCGCUGCUAAAAAUAGCUCCUGCGGAAGGAAGCCACCCGCGGCCGGCGCACCCCCUCGCCGCGCGUCCCCGCCGCCGCCGCCGCCGCCGCCGCGGGCUCUCGGGCUUCGGGAGCUGGCCUCCGACUGUGCCCGGAGAACAGACAACCUGCCGGUGUAGCUAGCCAGAGCCCAGUCCCAGCCCGGAGCGGCCGCCUAUGAGGGCACCCCCACCCCGGAGCUGCCCAGCAGCCAGAGACACUGAGGAAAACUGGUCUACAAUUGUGAAAAACGCUCCUCUGCUACUGACUGACCGAGAGGAGGAAAAGUUUUUAGGAUUUUACAUAAUUGGUUGACACCCUGACCUUGGAGGCACUGUUGUUGCCUGAACUGUAAUUUACUUUCCCCCUGUCUUCUACUUCCUUCGCUCCUACCCUUCCAACUUUGCGUGGCAGAUUAUGAGAAAGGGGUAGGAGUGGGGGGUUGGGGGGGGGCAAAGUAAAGCUCGAGACUGGAAUCUGUACCUUCUGUCAUCUUGAAGAAAGUCUGCCCCUUUGCCAGGAUGUGCCCCGUGUAUUCUAAGCAUCAAUCCAGCAGGCAAAUCAGCCCCAGGGCCCCUCAAAACCACCUGAACUGCAAGUGAGCUGUUCCCCACUAUUAAUCUCCGCUGUAUCCCACCUCAGUUCCUGACAAUUAUUGUUAUCUCUUCCUUCCUUUUCAAGUGAAAUGUCUUAUCUCUCUGUCAAGCGGAAGCCGAAGAGGGAGGGACUAUUUGUAGGGCGAAAGGGACCAGUAGGAAAGAAGAUGAGUUGUUAAAGUACAGUGAUGUACAUGCAUGCCAUAAUGAAACCCAUUAUUUUGUACACUAAAACAUUAAUAAUUUUUUUAAAGUAUAAGAAUGAAAUGUUCAAAUACCUGG